AACAACUUUUGUGAGUUCGCUGCUCAUUUUAUUUCCAAAUUUGAUCGUACCUACUCCAACAAGAUUAAUGGUGAUAUACUCCUGAUUAUGCCAAAAGUAACGGAUCAUUAGAAGCUUUUGACAUGGAAAUUAGAGAAGAACGUCCCUUUUUCAUCAGACAUUUUACUUCGAUUACUCGAAUCGUUGGCCUGUUUACCAGCGCAGCCUUGUGGUGGACAGGUGUAUUUCUGGCUGACCGAGAUGACAAAAGGGUAGCUGCAUACCUUAUGAUAUGUGGUUUUGCUGUUACUUUUUUGGAGAUAACAUUUAUUUUGGACAAGUGUGCUUGUUGUGGGGAAGGAAGUUGUGGCCAGGCUUUGUGGAAGUAUGUACUAGCUGUUGAUAACUGGAAGAAAUCACUAAUUUAUACUUCAUUGUCUGUCAUGUGCUACUUGCAUCCCAAGGAGUUCUGGCAAGCUGUAAUUGUUGGGGUUUUACUGGAUUUUACAGCAUUGCUAUAUCUCAUAAGAACUUUCAGAACCAAAAAUGCACUUGAACCCUAUAGAUAUAAACAACUAGAAGUUAGAUAAUAAUUAUUUGUCUCAAAUCAAGCACAUUCAUUUGAAAUGAGGCAUCAAAGUUGCAUUACAUUUAAUUACAUAGUAUUUAAUACCAUUAAGUAUCAUUGCAAGGCAGUUUGGCCUUGAGGCAAAGACUGCCUUCAACAAAUAACACGAUCAAUGUAAUCAUGUAACAGAUGUCUAUGAAAUGAAGUGUAUUUUCAUAGGGAAUAUUAUUUAUUAAAUGCUUUCAAUGCUUAAGCUUUGGAGAAAUGAAAACUUUCAUUGAGCUAAUACUCUUGACUCAAGAAUUAUUAGACAUUUUAAUCCCAUUUACCAAUGUUACACUUAACAUUACACACAUAGGCAUACAAGAUAUUCAUUUCAAAAAACAAAUAUCUCAUAUAAUAUGUAUAAUGUAUACUUCCAAACAAGAUCCUUAUAUUUCACCCAGAUUUUACUUUGCUAAGAAGAAAUAGACCUGAAGCACAUGAAUCUAAGUAGCUUUGUUUUAGCUAAUGUUUUAAAUUAUAGUAUAGAAAUAAUUAGUACUACUAAAACUCCAAUCCUAAAAAUUGGGAAUUUCAUUGCUAAGGAUUCAUUUGAUAUUUCUUCAUUAUUGUUCUUUUUCCAAUAAACUAUCAAUGAUAGCACCAUAGUUGUUUGUUUCUCCUAGAAAGCUAGUAUUAUUUAUGCCAAACUUGAACCUCACCAUAUUAAUUGAUAAAGCCACACUUAAUGUAUUUAAUUAUAUAAAAAGGAAAAAAAACAUACAUCAGGACUUUGUAUGUCAGAAAUCAUCAAUAUGCACCUAGAGUUUGGAGUUUAAAUUCCUAAAAGAAGGAUUUAAACCAGAAUCAUUUUCACCUUAUGAGCUGGUUGGAUAUAGAUAACAGAUUAAGCAACACACAAUCUAGUGUCAUUGUGAAUUUAAGGGAUAAAAAGGAAAUUUUUGGAAACUAUUAAGACAACUUAGCUUUCAGGAUUAUUAGCGAGGAAUGAUCAAUUUCAAGGCUGUCGAUUAUUUAUUAUAUUUACUCAUUAGAGUUAAAAUGAUUGCCUGUGGUAAUGGAUUCAUUCAAAAUAUUUACACAAUCCAAAUUAUUGAAUGUAUAUUUCCCUCUACUCAAUGUCAACCAUAUGCAACUCUUAUGUCUUUGAAAAUAAAAAGGUCUCAUUGCAAGUCA